UGUAAGAAACCGCGCGCGCCACGAGGCGCGCCACGAGGCGCGCCACGAUGGCGAGAAUGUAUUGUGCGCAACGCGUAAUGUACAUUAAAGAUAUCAUUUACAAGUGACUCUGUUAAGUUAAUAUCCCUCAACUUAUCUUGGCAAAAUAUCUCAGAGGCUGCCUAGCUGGAAAUAUAACAUUCUACAACAUUAGAAGUGGGAUCAAAUUCGCUUUCCCUCAGUGAGCGCGGGAUGAUCACGUGAAGGGAGCGUGCUACGCGAGUGUAGCUUUUCGGAGCAUUGGAGCUGAUGAGAAAAUCGGUAUUUGUCGGGCGACGAAAAAGGGUGAAUUUGGAGCCGGUAGAAAAUUUCGUCGCGCGGAACGGCGGCAGAGUCCGACGGAAAAUUUUGUCGUACCGGGCGGGACGACAAUAGAGAUACGCGCGUUUGGACACUUUGAACGGGGACGUUGGGCGCGUAAGCCAAUCAGUGGCCGUCAACGAUACAGUGUUGUGAGCGCGGUCGAAACAAGGACAAGGUUAUUUGUCGGUUUUGUGCAGGAAUUCGGGUUUUUAUGGAUCGCGUCAUCACUCGGUUUUUGUUCAAGAUGGAUACGUUAAACCAAGUAGACUUUCCCAAGCAGAUGCAGAAGCUCUUAUUAAAAAAAGAGCAAGAAUAUGGCCAACUGAAAUUUAUUUCUUCUCGGGCUACAGAGGAGACUUCAUGUUUUAUUGAUGAAUUAUUAGAAACUGUCACAAAUAUUACUAAGACAGUCAACUUAUACCAUAUUGAAUUAUUUUGUGAUGAAGAUAGUUCUAAACUAUGGGACAUUCCAGGAUAUAUUAUUACGAAUUACAAUCACAUUUUGUUGAACACUAACUUUUCUUCACAGUAUCUUCUUGCGGAGGAUAUGCUGUGUGGUCAUAUAGUUAAUUUGUGGCCUACUUUAUCACCAUACCUCUUCAUACAGAUAAUAUGGCAUAUAAAAUGCGAGGACCUAUUAAUUGAAUCACUCAUGCACUUGCCAUUGGACCUAUGCAUGGAAAUUCUGGAGAUAACGGUCAGAUGCAUAAAUGAGUUGGAAAUGUCUCGAGCCAAACGUCUUGUUAUUCUUCUGAUAUCCAAGUUGUACUAUAAAUGUCAGUGGUUGCAUUUAGGCACAUUGUCGAAUCAUGAUAUAGCGGAACUCUCCCAGCAACUAGUAGCACAUUUUCAGACAUUGCUAAAUACAGUUAAAUCCACAUUUAUUCCUCUUAAAUUGUCUGUUCAAGAAAAAUAUGUGCAGCAUGGUAUUUUUCUAAAAAGAAUGCUUUGUUGUAUCAAAACGUGCAUGCACUAUAAGACUAAGAAUUUGCCAUACGACAACCCAUGGAUAAAAUAUUUCAAGAUCACAUAUGGCAAUCCUCAUGGUGUGAAUUACUUUUAUAAGCUUCCUAUUGAUGAAGUGAAAUCUAUCAUGGCAAUACUGGAUCAGGAAUUGAUUGCCUUACUUCUUAAUGAAAUCAAGGAAGUUGAUUGUUUCGAGUUCAUGGCCUGGAUGGAGGUCGAUGAUGAGGAGAAUAUUAUGAUUUCGCUACAGCGUGCCUUCAUCAUCGAAUGCCAUUAUUUUAUGGAGUUUAUGAAGCAGGAUGAAUUUUUGUUUAUGAACGAGCAUCUGCUUCAUUGCCUGCAGCAACUUGUAGGUCCACAUUCCGAAAAGUCUAUUUUAUCUCUUCAAGAACUCUGUGAUAGUAUUGAGAAAGAUAAUUUGGAUGGCAUGAAGGAAUUGAUGAGACGUUACAAGACCUGGGAUCUAUCUAUAUUGAAAUUUGUCUGUGGAAAAAUAAAAUUGUUACAUAGGGAUGAUAUUGGUAUUCUACUUGAAUAUCUUCAAUUUAAAUUUGCUACGAAUGAUUAUAUAGAUCAGCAUGAAGCAUAUAUGUUGAUGUUGGAAGUGUUAAUGCGACAACAGCUAUUAGAUAUGUACUAUAUUGUACUGCAAUACACAUUGCGGCAUUUUGAUGACAAUUAUUUAAUAUGUAUGUUUAAUAAUGAACACUUCAAGAGUUUUAUAGAAAGCAAUGUAAAUAUGCACGAUCAUGUAAUAUUGCGUACUAUUUUAAUCUUUGUUCUAUUGCAUCCGAAGAAGGUGUUAAGAACUUUGGUGAGAGUUGCAAUAGGAAGUACUGAGAUAGAAUACCAAAAUGUCGUGUUCAAAAGACCUCAGAUUUAUUUUUUAUAUGCAUUUUUUAUGUCGCAAUUAAAUAAUCAAAAUAACUUGCUGACGUAUUUUCUGAAUGAUGCCUGGAACUGUGAUCGCUCUACAUGGAGCUACAAGCAAUUCGAAACUUUUAUGAAUGACAUGCUUCAGGAAGAGGAAAUAAAUUCGGAUGAUCUACUAAACAACUUUUAUAUCCCUUGCCUGACCAAUGAUUUGUUCAAUUGCUCCAACCUGCUCUCUGUGUUGAUACACAUGUACUUUGUUCUGAAGGAAAAAAUCAAAGAUUAUUUGGCGAGAACGAAUUACGUUGAAUUCGGAAAAAAAUUAACGUGUAAUUCGGACAAAACGAAUUACGUAUUGCUAAUUAAACAAUUAACCAAGAGGAUGUCAAUGCUAAGAAAAUGCAACUCAAUGUACUCCAAGAGCACUGUGAAUAAUUUGUUGAACCGUGGAACAAUGAUAUUACAUCUUUUAUUUACUACUCCGAAUCUACUGACGAUGAGCAAUCGGAACGAGAUCAUCAAGAUUAAUAAUAUCAUAGAGCCGAUUGAUCAAAUACUUCUGAAACAUACAUCUCAGUUACAGACAGUUAAUCGCGGCACCGUGUGCGAUGUGAUCCAAAACUACGAGAAACGGUGCCUCAUCACUUAUCAAUUAUUACGUGACAACAAUAGCAUUGAAAAUCAAAAAUCCAAGUCCAAUUUGCUCGAUCAAUUUGACGUGUACUCUUUCGAACUGGAUCAAAAGGCGCUAAUACGUCAUAUGAUGCUGCAUUCUUCUGAAAAAGAGUACGAACUUUUUGCUAACGAGAUGACGGUAAUGUCCUCGUCUUACUUUGGUUGGGCCAACGAACUAAUGGCGUAUGCGAAUGUAUUGCACAUUACCGCCGAGGCAAUGCAGCUCGCCUUAAUGUUUACACACAUCUUUCCCAAAGAUACAUUUGUUUCGUUGUUGCGUGCUCUUGUGCGCUAUUGCAACGUAUUCGCACGACUUAAGCAUCAUUUGAGCAAUUCUCGAAAAGAGAUAUACAAUUCUCUCUCGACAGUUCUGUUGUCCUUGAAAAAUACAGUCAAUGAAACAGCCUAUGGUGAGAUGUACGACGAUUUGCUCAAGCACGUUAACGAUAUGGGCGUCAACUCAAAUACAGAGAUUACACAUUACUUUCACAUAAUGAUCGAGUUACUUGAGACAUACAACGUACAAUUUGAAAAAAUCGAAAGUGCUUCUACUACAAGUGCGACAGUUGACAUGUUAGAGGCGUACAAAUUCGUGUGCAGUUAUGUAUUGAUAGUACUUCACGUGAUACUUAAAUGAAAAAAAAAAUUUUGCGUAGUUGAUGAAUAAGAUGUAUUCCUGAAGAAUAGAUUAACUUCGAUGAAAUAUGAAAAAAAUAUUUAUAUGUUCUUAUUUUUUCUUAAUUUUUAUUUAUUUUGAAACUUUGCCUUUUUAUUUUUCAUUUUUGCAUUUCUUUUCCACAGGAAAUGAAUCCGGAUGAUCUACUAAACAACUUUUAUAUUCCCUGCCUGACCAACGAUUCGUUCAAUUGCUUUUCCAUGCACGUCAAAUUGAUCGAGCAUGCUGAACUUGGAUUUUGGAUUCUUAAUGCUACUGUAUCACGUAAUACUUGAUAAAUUGUAGUGCAACGUUUCUUGUAGUUAUGCAUUACAUCAUGCACAGUGCCGCGAUUAUCUAUCUGUAUGAUCGAGAUGUAUAUUCCAAAAAUAUUUGAUCAAUCGGCUCUAUAACAUUAUUAACUUUGAUGAUCUCGUUGCGAUUACUCAUCGUCAGUAGAUUUGAUGUAGUAAAUAGAAGGUGUAAUAUUGUUUCACGUUUCAACAAAUUGUUCAUAGUGCUCUUGAGAGCAUUGUGAACAUUUUGUUGAACCGUGGAACAAUGAUGUAAAUUAAGUUGCUUGCAAUACUAAGCAAUUGCAUUAGUAUUGACAUUGUCUUAAUUAAUUGUAUGAUUAGCAAUACGUAUAAUUCGUUUUGUCCGAAUUACGUGUUGAUUUUUCCAAAUUCAACGUAAUUUAUUCUCCCUGAAUAAUGUUUUUUCCUUCAGAACAAAGUACAUGUGCAAUGUGCAUUAAUAUAGAGAACAGGUUGAAGCAAUUGAACGAAUCAUUGGUUAGGUAGGGAAUAUAGAAGUUGUUUAGUAAAUCGUUCCAAUUUAUUUCCUGUAAAAAAAAUGCAAAAAUGAAAAAUAAAAAAAGGCAGUUUCAAAAUAAAUAAAAAUAUAAAUUAAGAAAAAAUAAAAAUCAUUAUUAUACAUAAAAUAUUUAGUUCACAGUGCUCUGAUCAGAAUGCAUUGAGGUAAUCUCGUUUAUCGAAUAAAUCUUACUUGUUUGAGAUCAAAAAGAAUUGAAUAUACAAAUACUUUCUUUAAUUAUAUAAUCUCGAUCAUCAUUUUUUUACGAAUUAUUUCUACUAUUAAAUAGUUCGUGUUUAACAAUUUGCAAAAAAAUAUGUAUUAUCAAAUGCUUGAAAAAUUUUAUAAAAUUUUUCUUCAGUGUUGUGAGAAUAUAGAAACUUCGAAAAAAAUUUUCAAAAUUUUUGUAUAUCAUUGGGGAAGAAAAUGAAUACUGAAAUACUUACCUUUCUUUUGCCUAAAUAUGCUUCUCCAAAAUUUUUGAAGACAUUUGAUUCACUUUUCUGAAAUUAUUUUUCUAAUCGAUUAUUGUCUUAUUCCUACCGUUAGAUAUCGGAGUAAUACACGAAUCUAGUGCUACACACACAUGAGAGCCGAACAAAAUUGUUGAGAGUAUAUUUCUAUCUAAUGAAUAGUAUUAUAACUGCAUUUUAUAAUGAUAUUACGUUAUUUAUAUUAAUUUUCUAAUAUAUGACAAAUAUUGUAACAUCAAUAUACAUAAUUUUAUGUUCAUUUAAUGUUUUGUAAUCAACAUGUUAUGUCAAAAUUUUUGUGAAAUAUUUCUAUAGAAAAAGAAAAACCAUUAUGCAUGUAUGUAAUUCUUUUGCGAAAUUGCAAUUUAGAUACUGCAGUUAUGAUACUUUUCAAUUGUAUUUAUAUCGAUUUGUCUAGCUAAAAAAUUGUGUUCAUGCUCGUGUAUCUAUUAUGUGAUAUUUUAGUAAUAACUUAGUAAUAAUUUUUUUUUAAAUAAGUAUGCAAGGAGACGGAGACAUUUUUUAAUUGUACAAAAAAAGAAUUAUUUAUACGAUUUCUUUAUCGCGAAGAAAUCAUUUGUGAACUUGAUUCUACCUCGUGUACAUAAAUAUAUACUUGUAAUAAGCGUUGGACUGAUUAAUAAAAUACACGUGCAAGAGAUACAAAAUGAAAUAUAAAAAAAAAUUUUAUUUAAAACAUAGGCGAGCGUUAGCUUAAUUAAGUCUUUUCCCUUCACAAAUAUGAAAUUUUAUCCUCUUAUCGUAUAAACCAAAUUACGAAUAAUUCCCUAAUAAAUUCGAUAUCUUUACAAUGGGAAUAUUAUUAUGUUGCGAACUUAAAAGUAAUAACUUAAGUUGAUUUUUCAUAAUAAUUUCAACACAAUUUCGAAAAAAAAUUAAUUUAAAAUAAAACCAAAUAAAGUAGCAAAAUCAUAAAUAUACGCUCUUUUGACUCCGAAAAAACAUGUAUGUGUACACUCGUAUUUUUCGGCGCAACGUCAUCCAAUUGGUAACAAAGUAUCGAUCUGAAAAUUCUAAUACUAUAUUUGUGCGACAGUAUCAAAUACCAUAUUGCUACGAUAAAAAGUAAAAAAGAAACAAAGAAAAUUGCGAAGAAAGAAAAAAUGUGCAUUAUUUUGAACUCUAGUUUAAAUCUCCUGUUAAACUAAAAUUUAAAUGUUCAAAAAUUAUCAAAUGGACAGAACCUAAGAAUUGACUUCAAUACUUUCACGGUAUUGUUAAAUAAAAAAAGUAUCGUUAAUAGGAUAA